GGCGUUUAUCCUUAUCUAGAUGACAUUCUCAUCGCGAGCUCUUCUGACGAGGAACAUCUUCAUCACUUCGACGCUCUCUUUCAACGCUUAACACAGCAUGGGGUUACCGUCAACCCCGAUAAAUGCGAGCUUGGCCAAAGCUCCAUCGACUUUCUUGGCCACCGCAUAUCCGCCUCUGGUAUCGAAGCUCUGCCAGACAAAAUCCAGGCACUGAAGGACUAUCCUGCUCCCAGUUCCUUCAAACAGUUACGUCGAUUCCUUGGCCUGGUCAACUAUUAUAGACGCUUUAUUCCUAACUGCGCGAGCAUUGUUCAACCAAUGACUGACUUGCUCCGCGGUAAACAACGGUCUUUUCAUUUUGCAGACGACGCUAGACUGUCUUUUGAGAAGCUCAAAGACGCUAUCUCCAACAUAGCGCUUCUCG